CUCAUGUACAAGUACAUAUACUAAGAGAGAUUAAGCUCAGUAUAUGGGAGUCGAUCAAAAGUGAUACAUUCGUUUGGCGAUUGUUUGAACGCGCUCGCGCAAUCGUGCUGCCGCUUGUGCUAUAAUCAACGUCUUCGUCGUUGGCUGGUGCUUAUCAUAUCAUAUCAGUAAGAGCAAAAACAAAAAAAACAUGAUGAAAAGAGCAGCGCCUCACAUACCAAUUGGCUGUAUAAAUAAAGGCGCUCAUCACAGCAACUGAAACACCGCAACUAGUGGGGCUGUUGUAUAGAUAACCACAAAAAGGAAAAUAUGCGUUGACGCUCAAUGCUCAACGCGCUGUCACCGCCACAGAUCUGCUGCCGCUACCGCUAACGCAAAGGAAACACAGCCAGUGUCUUUCACAUAACCACUACUGUUCAUAUUUUUCGACGCUGUCGCUUCUCUAGCAAUCGAAAGCAUAGCAGCGCAUUCGUCUUCGCUUUGUCCGACCCGGCAGCGCUAUGAGACUGAUAAGACCACUAACAAAAAACUUAGAUAAUCAAAAUAAAAUAAAAAAGACAAGUGAAGAAGCAGUAUUGCAAUAGAGCAAAGAAUAGCGAAAUUGCGAUGUAAAAGUGGAAUCGUACAAAAAGUAGAGCGAAACACUAAAAAUUCAAAUUCAAAUGAGGAGUUUUGCCUAAUGAAAACGAAUGAAUUUCGGCGCAGCGUUAAAGCCAGUGUCAACAACGAAGGUAAACAUUAGUUUUAAAACAACAAAGAAUUAGCAGUAAAACACUAUCAGUGAUAAUAACAACGGCAUAUAGCAACAACAAUAGCAGCAGCAGCAAUAGCAUUUAAUUAACAACUGGCGCUGCGUGUAUAACAACAACAAUGGUUAAAGACAGACUGCCUGAGCUGCUACAGCGCUCAGGCAGCGUGCUCUCCACCAUCUCCCCAUCCAAUGGUUCGGCAUUGUUCCAGCGCUCCAGCAACGUCGACCUCAAAAUAGCCGAGAUGAGCGCACCCAUGGACGCGAUACUCAACCCGUAUUCGGAGAUCCGAGUACAAUUGGCUCAAAUUUCCGCGAAUUUAGAGAUAAUGAAUCGGAUGGUCCAAACAAUAAAUAUACGUAAUUUUAAUGAAAAAGAAAUGGACGAACUGCGCACUCAAAAUCUUAAAAUGGGUAAUCAGCUAAUGAACAAAUUCAAGGAAUUCAAAGCGAACAUGCCACCGGAGAAUGAUUUCACAUUAGAAGCACGCAUGAAACGAACACUAUUUUAUGGUCUCUAUCAGAGUUAUAUACAAGUCUGGACGAGAAAUGAAGAGUUCCUCCAAUUGUAUGAGCGCAAGUUAAAAAAAAAUCUGGAAAUGCAUUCAAAAAUCAUGAACUGUAAUUCCACCGAAGAGGAGAUCGAAGAACUGAUAGCAAAUAAAACGACAAAUCUCUUCGUUGACAAUAUUCUGGAGGAAACCGAAAAUGAACGGCGCACUCUUCGCGAUUUAAUGGAUCGUUUCAAUGAGCUUAAGAAGCUGGAAAAGUCCAUUGAGGAUGUGCAUGCGUUAUUCCUGCGUAUUCAAACACUCGUCAUGGAACAAAGUGAAACGAUAAAUCGCGUUGAAUUCGUUGCCCAACAAGCGACGCACUUUGUGGACAAAGGUCAGCAUAAACUUCAGAAGGCUGAGUCGCUGAAAAAGAAGGCUUUAAAGAAGAAAUUUUGGCUUAUCGGCAUUGCGGUGGCUGUGUUAGUUAUAUUAAUAUUAAUUGGUAUCUAUUUAUGAUCAAAAGACAAAUAUAUUUUAAUACUUCAAAACGAA